AUGGUAACAAGGUUGCCAUUGAUCAACAUGCCGAUUGAAAUUUGUGAAAAAUGUGUUCAAGCGAAGCAACGUAAGGGUAAAUUCAGCAAGGAUGCAAAAUGUAGAACCAAGCAUCACCUUGAGGUGAUGUAUUUAGAUAUGUGUGGACCGAUACAAGUUAAGUCAAUUGGUGGCAAUAGAUAUUUUUCCACAUUCAUCGAUGAUCAUAGUAGAAAAUUAUGGACAUACCUAAUCAAGAGAAAGGAUGGGGUAUUCGAAGUGUUUAAGAAGUUCAAGUCCAUGGUUGAGAGGCAAAGCAGUCACAAGCUCAAAGGGCUCAAAACGAAUGGUGGAGGCGAAUAUGUCUCAAAUGACUUUGGGAAGUCUUGUGAUCAAGAAGGGAUAGUAAAUGAGGUUGCACCACCUUAUACACCACAACAAAACGAAUUAGAAAGUGCAGAAAUGCCCCACAUCGAAGCCCAAAUUGAAGAAAAUGUCAUAAGAUCAACAAGGAAAAUAGGUUUUCCUCAAAGACUCCAAAAUUGUGAGCUAUUCCGAGACAACAAAGUCAAUGAUGAUGGUGAUUUCAUCCAUUUUACACUUAUGGCUGAAUCCGAACCCGUUAAAACAGAAGAGACCUUGAGUGUUCCAAAAUGGAUUUGUGCUAUUAAGGAGGAGCUGCAAUCCAUUGAGAAGAGCAUUACUUGGGAGUUGGUUGAUCUACCAGACAGGAAGAAGUCAAUUGGUGUGAGACAGGUGUUCAAAUUGAAGGGAAAUCCUAAGGGUGAAAAAUUGAGCAUAAGGCUCGAUUAG